AUGGAAGAGGAAAUAUCAAAUGCCUUACAGGCUUGUUCCCAGUUGAACGAUAAAUUGAACAUAACAAUUAAUAAGGAAAAACGACAGCGUCGACAUCACGACUUCAAAUAUUACGCCCUGCGAAUUGACGCUAAUUCGAAACAAGAAAAUAAUCAGUACAAUCAUGAACGCCGUAACACAUCUUCUGAAAAUGAUAAGAAAAUUUUUAACGAUUCUGGUAUAGAUUUUUCCAGGUACCCGUAUGGAGGUAUUGAAGAAGAUUUAAUAAAUUCUGUCAACCGUCAAACCAUCGAUGAUGAUGGAAAAUAUAAUUUAAAACGACACAAAAGAUCAAAAAGAAACGAGCCAUUAUUAUCCAAGGACGAUAUAGAUAAGCAACUUUUAGAACAAACAGAAGAGACGGGUGAUGAAAGCUUUUACACAGAAGGCAGUAGCAGCCUGGGUGACUCUACAUUUGUUCCUGUAAGAGCCGGCGAAACAACUGACAGUGAUGACCAAUCUCCCAGGGCUGUUAGAUUCAAUAAAGUCGCUGAGGUACGUGUUAUGUCAGCGGCGAUGGCGGGAGAAGCUCUGCUCGCUCGCCUGUCAUGGUCAGCUUCACUCCGCGCCACAGAGUACGCACAACGUAGGGCAGCAGCGGCCGCUACAAGGAGACAUCUGAGACUGGCUUUAGUAUUCUGUGUACCGUGGUUCAUUUCCAACUACCUGUACCGGCUAAGCCUGUUGCAUACAACAUCAUGUUCAACUACCCUCUACACUUCAACAACCGGAGCGUUUGCGCUAUCAUUCGGAGCAAUGUUCUCACAAGUGCCCACUGAUAGAUUUUCGACAUCCAAGUGUAUAUCUGUCCUGCUCACAGCAGCGUGUCUGGUGGUAUUAGGCAUAUCAGAGAGUCAUCACAAUAAUUGGAUAGCUGUUUUAACAGCUAUUGGAUCUGCAUUCUGUUAUUCUUUACAUCUCUUGCUGUUUCGACAAGAAUUAAGGAAGGGUGACGGCAUUAACUCAUUCCUAUUAGUUGGUGUUGUUGGUUGUGCAUGUGGUUGUCUGGCCUGGAUCGCUGGCGGUCUGUUAGCUGCUGGUGGUGUUGAGCGAGCUGAUCUUCCAUCACCACGACUAUGGAGCUGGCUGUUACUAGACGCUGCACUUGGACCGCUACUCAUUGAAUCACUUUGGUUGUGGGGUAGAUGGUUGACGUCAUCUCAGACAGCCACAGCAUCCUUGGCGUGUAUAUUUCCAUUGUGCGUGUGUGUGGAGGCGUGGCGAGGUAAUGGCAGUGUGUGGCGUGGAGUGGCGGCAGUGCUAGCUGCUGGGUCGUGGGUUCUGGCAACUAUACCUGGACAUACACCACUAGGAUGGAUCACGGCUAGAAUACGGACGGACGGAUUCACGGCUAUACGUAAUAUAUCAGAUUUGGACGAACAAUCAGAAGCUCUAAUGUCAUCAGAUGAGCCUACGUAA